AUGCCACAGCUGGCCAAAGCUGGCCACGCCCUCCUCAGCUUCAUGGAUGCUUACUCUGGGUACAACCAGAUUUUCAUGCAUCCUGAGGACCAAGCCCACACCUCAUUCAUCAUGGAUCGUGACCUUUACUGCUACAAAGUCAUGCCCUUCGGCCUCAAGAACGCCGGGGCCACGUAUCAGUGUCUGGUGAACAGCAUCUUCGCUCCCCUAAUUGGCAACACCAUGCUUGUCAAGAGUCGAACUACUGACCAGCACAUCCCCAAACUCUCAGCCAUGUUCACCAUUCUGAAGCAGUAUAAGAUGAGGCUCAACCCCACCAAGUGUGCAUUUGGAGUGGCUUCAGGCAAAUUCCUUGGCUUCAUGAUCAGCCAGAGGGGUAUUGAGGCCAAUCUAGAGAAGAUCAAGGCAAUAUUGGACAUGGCAAUACCCAAGACGAUCAAGGACAUCCAGAGCCUUACCGGGCGUGUCGCAGCCCUGACCAGAUUCAUCUCCAAGGCCACUGAUCGCUGCGCCCCCUUCUUCAAGGCACUUAAGGGUAGCAAGCGGAGUAUUACCUGGACCGCUGAGUGCGACAAGGCUUUCAAUGAGCUGAAGGAGUAUAUGAGCUGGGCCUCUUUAUUGUCAAUGCCUGAACCUGGAGACACCCUCAUGAUCUAUCUCUCCGUCAUGGCUACAGCGGUCAGUUCUAUGCUCAUCCAGACAAAGGACAGUGCUAAGCACCCAGUGCAUUACGUCAGCAAAGCGUUACAGGACACCGAGGUUCGGUACCUGUACAUCGAGAAACUGGCAUUCGCCCUGGUGGUUUCGGCUCGGCGUCUCAGGCCAUACUUUCAGGCUCAUACCAUUCAUGUCUUAACCAAUCAACCACUCCGGCAAGUGUUGCAGAAGCCGGAGACUUCUGGGAGGCUAGUCAAGUGGGCCAUUGAACUUGGCGAAUUUGAUAUCCACUACAAACCCCGCCCAGCCACAAAGGGCCAAACCAUGGCUGACUUUAUAUAUGAAUUCACUGAACCCCAUGUCGUGGCCGGUCCACAGAUUACGAUGGAGCCCACUCCUACCCUGAGCCAAGUCCACGUCGCCAGCAACGGCACCCUAGACUUGACUCAGCCCUUAUGA